AUGAGGGUCCCCAGAUCUCUGUGUGAAGGCCUUGUGGAGGCCAUUCCCAAGCGAUGCUCCUGGAGAAGAUACACGGGGGAGGAUCUCUCCGAACACCAAAAAGAAAGCUUGAAGGCUUACAGUGCCGACCUGAACAGGGUAUUUAAACAUGCACGACUUCAGAUCCUUGAAGGGGAAAUGGCAAAGACGGCCAUGACGAGUCCGAUAGGGAUAGGGGUGAUCCGCGGAAUCGUUUUCUGCUCUGCUGUAAUUGUAAACAAGGACAGCCCGCGACCAGAGGCCGACAUAGAGGCCGGCAUGAUAGGCCAGCUGUUCAUCUUAAAGGCUAUUUCACUGGAUCUACAGAAUGUGUGGAUUGGCGCCGUCAACAUAUUUGGACAGAGCAAGGUGCUUAAGAAGAACGGACUGAUCAACUCUGAGACCGAAAGCGUCGUAGCAUUCCUCCCUGUAGGCCACGCCGUGAAUCCUGAGUACGGCCAGACGCGACGACCUCCAUUAGAGAAGUUUCUGGUUUGUCCACCCUCCAUACAGAACACCCCUGAUGUCCAGACAGUGGCUAACGCCGUUCUUCGUUCGCCAAGUGCCCUAAAUCGCAUGCCCUAUAAGUUGAUUGUCAGGCCGACUGAGGGCAUGAACGUUGGAGGACCAUCUAUCGCCAGCAUUCACUUGACGGUGUCCAGUCCAACGGUGUCUGGAAACUACUUGUCACAUUGGUUGGACGCGGGAAUCGGAGCAGUGCACGCUCUUUUGGCUCUCCAAACAUUAGAUAUUUGUGCAGACAAGGAUGCCAUAGAAAUAUCGCAUCUGCUUGGAGAGGAGAAUGCUAUAAUCUUGAGGCUACAAGCACAUAAUUAA